CAAUCGCAAUAAAUAAAAUUAUUUUUUAAAUUAUCUUAAACCUAUAACAAAAAGUAUAUACAUUUCUGCUUCAACCAAGCGUGUUAUUACUAACAUUUACGACGGUACUGAAACUUUUCAAGCAGUUAAGGCAUGUCCUUUAAAAUCUACUUUUUAUUGGUAUUGCCGUUAUUAUCAAAACAAAGUGAGGCAACUACAACGGACAAUUGCAAGAAUUUAAAAUGCCCGAACCAAGAAGAUUCAACCUGUGUUAAAGUGACUUAUAGAAAAGGAUUAAAAAAUAUUGAAUAUAAUGUAAUAGUAUAUAAUAAAUGUGAAAUUGGUUUUAUUAAAUGCCAUCCAGGCAUGAAAGCAUAUAUACUACCAAUGCGCAAUUGUCAUUCAAGUAUUAAACGAUCGAAACGGGAGAUUAAAAAAGCUCUUAGAUCAUUUCAUAAAAUUGGUAAAGGGAAGAAGUUUUAUUUAUAUGGAGAUAACUUAAGUGAACCUUCGUCUGACGACGUGAAAAAUUAUCCUUUUACAGCGACGAAAAAACUAAUCAAUAAGAAACUAAAAAACAAAGUAAGGAACGAAAAGCUAGAAAAUGAGCAAGAUGGUACUGAAAACGACAAUAAUGAUGAAAAUAAUAACGACCAAGAUGAUAAAACGAAUGAUGAUGAUAUACCGCGUAUGGACAGUACAGAAGCGUUAGUUGUAUUGAAUUCUACGAGUGUGGAAAAACAUGUUAAGACACCAAAUGAAGAUCACGAUGAUAAAGAUAAAGAAGAUAAGGCUGAUUCAAUUAACGUUAUUGAUGAAGACCAAGCCGUUUCACUUGAUGAUACAUUAAAUCAUAGCAAUGGCAAUGAAGCCAAUGAAGUUAAAGAAAGUAAUGACGAUAAGGGAAGUAAUGAAAAAAACGACGAUAUAGUGGAAAAUGAAGAAAAAAGAAUCGAUGCAAAUUCUGGUGAAAAAAGGGCAGUAUUUAAUGAUGAUGUUAAAGUUCCUAAAGAUUAUGAUCAUACGGAAGAAAAUAACGCCAAUCUAGAAGAGGACAACAAAGAUUGCCCAUCUACAUGUUCGUUGCGGGAUAUGAUGGUUUGUGCACGAUGCAAUCACGGCGUAUAUCGUACUUUUAUGAGUGUGUGCCAUUUACGAGCAUUUCUUUGUGCACACACAGAUGAAAAAUUAUCGCUAGUAUCCCGGCAGCCUUGCAUACAAUCAGCGCCUUUUUUGUCCGACCUUCCGCCAUCAAAUGGACGUGUGCACGAGCCGGGUGACGAUGACAGAGUGUUACAAUUCUUACGUUGCAGAGCUGAGGGUAGAUUGGAUACAGGUGAUCCUAAGUGUAACUUCAAUCGUUAGAAUUUCAGUAUAUUUCUAAUAAAAACAUCUUG